CGAAGAAAACACAAACUGUCACUCACCAAACAUUCAACAUUUUUGAUAAAAGUCGAUUCCUCCAGCAGAUUUAAACGUGAUUUUUGGCCGAAAAGUGAAUUCCGCGCGUUUUUACGGGCACCCGACUUCCGCUCAUACGACUAUCUAGUGAUUGGAAGUGUUUGCGGUACGAAUCGUGAUGCAGUAAAGUGGAUUCUUUGUCAAAACUCCGUCGCUUCAAUCACCAGAAAAGAACAAGAUCCAGCAACAAGGGAGUGAAGUUGGAUAAGGUUCCCUGUUUGGGUGUACAUCAACAAAGUGGAAAUAUUGGCCCUUGCCGUCGUUUCGUGAUAGCCCUCUGGGGAGAAGCAUUGGUGUCGUUGGAAUCGGAGUUCUAUGAACACGGAUAAUUCAAAGAAAUUGGACGGCGAUUCCAGCAAGAUCGAUGAAGAAUCGUCGUCAUCCGAUCCGAAACGUACACAAACCGCAGCCCCAGUCAAAGUAACCCUGCCACUACCAGCGAAAACGUCUAUUGAAGUGGACAAGCCACUUCGAAGUAACACCAGCAGUGUCUGCGAAAACCGACCCAGGAACGGUGUCCCAUCACCAUCAGCUUCCCUCCCUGGAACGGCAAGUUGUUCCACUACCAGCGCUAGUUCCGAAAGCGAAGACAUGAAGCGUGCCUCGGCGAAAAAGCUCAUCGAGAGAUAUUUCUACCAGCUGGUCGACGGAUGCGGUAACCCAAAAUGCGACAACAAACACUGUGCCUCAAGUGGUAAGGUGGAGAAAUUAUCGCCGAACGCGGCCGCCGCCCGAGCCAUUCAGUUGUUCACGCAGGAGGCCGAUCUGUGCGACACGCAUCCUUCUAAAGUGCCGAAAACCAUGUCUAAUCCAUCCACAUCCAUAGCACCGCCAGCUUGUCCUACAGCAUCUACGUCAUCUUCCGCAAUUCUGGGCUCGACGGCCGGGGAUGUUAAUAAUAGUAGCGGAAAUUUAUCGGCUGGAAGUUCUUCCGGAUCCAGCUCUGGUUUAGAUGACUCAACGGCCAGCACCGAAGCGGAGUCUUCUUGGCGGUUGGUCCGAAGUUCCAACCUGGAGGAAUGGAACGACAGUUCAAAUCUUGAUAUCGAUUCCAUGGACGAAGAUGAGCAACGAGAAUCAAACGAGCGAAAAAAUCAAAACCAUCACUAUGAGGGUGGAGGUGCAGAGGGCAGUACGAAAAUGCCGUACUCCCUCCGUAGUAGUACCGCUUGUCAGGACAGUAGUUCACCAUUUGCCGGUAGCAGUAGUACCAAACUAAAAUUAUCUGAACUCGGUUCCUCUAGCAGCGGAAAAAAGAAAGCCCUCAGCACUAGCAAUAGCUGUAAGGAAUCGAAUAAAAAACAACGAGACGCUUCGCCAGUAGAAUCUUUGGAUGAGGCCAAGCUUAAAGAACUGAUUGCCGCGUGCAAGCGCGACAACACGGACACACCAUUGAUCCGUACCCUGGGUGCCAUUUUUUCCUCGUAUCAAUCAAUAGCGCUAAGCUUCCAAAAACGACCAUGCUCGAGUAUUGAUGCAAUGCUCGAAAAAGCACCGGAUGAUUUGAAAAAUCUCAAAAAAGAAGACCUUCGAACGCUGGAGGGCGAUUUGGAUAAGGACGAAGACAGUUCAGCGGAGAACGUGCCGGAAACGAAGGAGAACCAUCACACUACGGUCGAUUUAUCCAGUUUGCGACGCUCGAUGAAGGCACUCUAUGAAGCGAAAAGCUCCGUGUUUGGUCCUAUCAACAAUGCCUUACAAGCGCUCGGGGAGACGCUUAGCGUCGAACUUCGUGUCCAUUUGACCAAGAAGGAGGACAUCGAACAAAUUAUUUCCGUUUUUGUGAUCGUCUUCGAAGUGCUACAAAUCGGAACGGCCGAGUUCCUGGAGGUGUCACUUCCACGAAUUUGUGCUGCCGUGUGUUAUCUUCCGAUCUGGGCACAGGCUCGGCUGGUGCACAUCUGGUCAGAGCACUGCAAGGAUGGCAUUCAACCGUUGCUACAACUGCUGCAGCAGUUGAUCACGAUCUCCACGCUGUCCCUGAUCUACUACCGGGAUGUGAAAAUACAUGACAAUGAAGUUGUUUGCAAUGCAACGAAGGUGAUGAAGCUAGUAUUCUACGCCAACAUACUGGCCGGUGAGGUGGACCCCAAACAUUACAGAGAGGCAGACUUGGGCGACAUUGCGCCCCCAACGUAUCUCUCUCUGAUCCCGGAAGAUGACGAACCUCCGCAGUACAACAACAAAGAGAAGAAAGCUAAACAGCAGAAACUGGAGGACCCGUUAGCGACCGAAUUGGAUGUGAAUAUUCUUGACUGUCGGAAACCCCACAUACCGUAUGAGGAAUUCUACAACGAGCCCCUGUGCGACGUGAUCGAAAUGGAUCACGACUAUCUAAACUACAAAAACACUACCUCGGAGGGAGCCUUCUUUACGGAUUCGACCAAAAAGUUCAGCUUCAUGCUGUACUCCUUUGUCCUCACACCGGCUACGAAAACCUUAGCGCUGUACUACGACUCGCGGAUCCGGAUGUACUCGGAACGGCGACUAAGUUUCCUGCAUCAGCAACUGGGCGGGGGACUGCAAAGUGUCAAUCCUUUCUUGAAGUUAAAAAUCCGACGGGAUCACAUCAUUGACGACGCGCUGGUCGAGUUGGAAAUGAUUGCUAUGUCCAAUCCGAAGGAUUUGAAGAAGCAGUUGGUCGUUGAAUUUUCCGGGGAGCAGGGAAUUGACGAGGGUGGUGUUUCGAAGGAGUUCUUCCAGUUGAUCAUUGAGGAAAUUUUCAAUCCGGACUACGGCAUGUUCAUCAACAUUGAGGACACCAACAUCGUGUGGUUCAACUCGACAUCAUUCGAGAAUGAGGCCCAAUUUACGCUGAUCGGAAUUGUGCUCGGAUUGGCGAUCUACAAUAAUAUAAUUCUGGCAGUGAACUUUCCCAUGGUGGUAUAUCGGAAGCUGAUGGGAAUGAAAGGAUCGUUUGUCGAUCUACGGGACUGGAAUCCUGUGCUGUUCAACAGUUUGAAAUCCAUGCUUGAACACCAGGAAAACGAUAUGGAAGAAGUGUUUAUGCAAACUUUUAAAAUUUGUUAUAAAGACGUGUUCGGCAAUAAUCUGGAUCACGAGCUGAAACCGGACGGCGACAAGAUCUUCGUCAAUCAGGAUAACAAACAUGAGUUUGUCGAACUCUAUACGGACUUUUUGCUCAACCAGAGCAUCGAAAAGCAGUUCAAAGCGUUCAAACGUGGCUUUCAGAUGGUAACGGAUGAGAGUCCACUGCACUUGCUGUUCCGACCAGAGGAGGUUGAGUUGAUUGUGUGCGGCAGUAAGGAGUUCGACUUCAACGAACUGGAACAGUCGACGGAGUACGAGGGUGGAUUCACGGCGGAGUCGCAGACGAUCAAGGACUUUUGGGAUAUCGUACAUGGGUUGUCUAUGGAAUCGAAACGCAAGCUUCUACAGUUUACUACCGGUUCUGAUCGUGUACCAGUCGGUGGGCUUAGCCGACUGAAACUGGUAAUCGCCAGAAACGGGCCGGAUUGUGACCGACUACCGACCAGCCAUACAUGUUUUAAUGUAUUGCUCCUGCCGGAAUACAGUACCCGGGAAAAACUCGAGGAACGCCUACUGAAAGCCAUCAACUACUCCAAAGGAUUCGGAAUGUUAUAAUGGAAACAAAAAAUCCAAAGACGAAUACAUUUGCAAAGCAUGGUACAGGUAGAAUUCGUCAAAAAUAAACGAAGGUAGAAUUGAAAAAUACGCAUCAGAAAUCCCAACGUGAAUUGUGAAUGCUUUGAUUUUUUUUAUAACGGAAUGUGAGACAUUUAAUUUGUUUUCCUUGAAGACGCAUGCAAAGAUUUUUUUAUUGCUUUGUCGAUCUCUUGAAAAUGGUUUUUACUAAAGCCGACAUAUUGCUAAGGGAGCGUCCACAAAUUACGUAACGCUUCGAGGGGGGAGGGGGGGUUAAGCGAAGUGUGACGAUCCAUACAAAAUUUUCAGAUGUUCCAUACAAAAAGUGUGACAUAGGGGGGAGGGGGGGUUGAAAAUUCUCAAUUUUUGCGUUACGUAAUUAAUGGAUCUUCCCUAAGCGAUUAUAUUUCAGCGGCGUAACCAGUGUAAAGUUGUUUUGGUUUAACGGUGGAAUUUUUCCACUAGGUUGUCUUUUUUCCGAAAACACUGCGUUGCGUUUUAUAAGUUUCAUUUUGUGAGAUCAGAUCUUUCACUCUUAGUAAAGCACUUGUACUAACUUGAUAUUUUUUGUUUUAUUUUUCCCAGAAAAUAGACAAAACAAUAAAAUUGAAAGAAUGUGCCCGAGCCAUACGAAGAAAAA